AGAGUAGAUAAUCAAGAUGAAGUGAGAAAUCUCUCUAGCCUGUCAACGCCGCAAUUUUUUUAAAACGCUGCGUUUUCCAUGCAUCUUCUUCAGCACAAUCAAAUUCUUCGAUUUUGAGAACCCUAAUAUCAACAUUACAUUAGUAGUCAAAUCAGCAUUCAGAGUUAAAACAGCUAGGGUUUCUGCAUGGAUCUUCCGAAGCGGAGAGUCCAAGUUUUCAUCUUCAUCUCCGGGAUCAUCUUUCUCAGCUUCGCAGCUGAAAAAUGUAGGCACCUGGUUGGGGAAGAGGGUUCAUCCCAGAGUGGGAAGUUCACAAUACUGAACUGCUUUGACAUGGGAACUGGAACUUUAGCAUGCACUGUGAAAGAGGGAGUGAAACUCUAUGUCUACAGUAUGAGAACUACUCAUGUUGAGAAAGUAAGAAGUUUAGCUAUUGAGACAGCAUUAGCUGAUGCGGUAACACAGGGAUUGCCUCCAAAAGACGCAGCAAAACAUGCACAGAAACAAGGAGCAAAGGCAGCAAAGCAAGCGACCCGGCAAGCUAAACGUAUUAUAGGCCCCAUUAUCGCUUCUGGAUGGGACUUUUUUGAAGCUAUAUACUAUGGUGGUACCAUGACUGAAGGUUUCCUUAGGGGCAGUGGAACUUUAGUUGGUGCCUAUGCUGGAGGGUUCCUUGGAGAGCAAAGCUUUGGGAAGUUCGGUUAUCUUGUUGGUAGUCAUCUGGGGAGUUGGGUUGGUGGUAGGAUUGGGUUAAUGGUAUAUGAUGUAAUUAAUGGAGUACAUUUCUUGCUUCAAUUCGUUCAAAAUGAAGAAAGUCAACCAGUGGAAGAAGUAAUCGAAGCUUCUUCUGAGUCCCCCAAUGAAUUUGAAUCUCCUCCCUAUGAGAACUAUGAAGCAUAUGAAAAUUCUGAGUUCAGGUGAAGACAAUGAAAUCCUAUCUGAUUUUCAUUUUCAUGAUAUUGUAUUUUAGCAAUACGUUCAAAUAUGUGUGUAGAUUUACUAUAAUGUUGUCUAAAAGUUACUGAGAAUUCAUGUUGUUCAAAUAUCUGUAUAGAGGAACUAUAAUGUUGCUUAAAAGUUGUGAGAAUUCAUGUUGACCUUACUGUUUAUCGAAGUAAUUCGUGAAUUAGUCUAA